AGCCCAAGAGGCCGGGCGGGAGGGCGCCACGGAGGAGGCCGUCCGGGAGAGAGUGAUCCGCUUCGCUGAAGACAUGUUGGAGAAAGACCUCAAGGAUAAUCGGAGCAUUGGAGACCUGGGAGCCCACCACCUCCUGGAGCGGGCAGCCCCCACAGGCAGCAAGGUGACCGUGCUGACCCACUGUAAUACUGGUGCACUGGCCACUGCUGGCUAUGGUACAGCCCUGGGUGUGAUCCGCUCGCUGCACAACCUUGGCCGCCUGAAGCAUGUCUUCUGCACGGAGACCCGGCCCUACAACCAGGGGGCCCGGCUGACAGCCUUCGAGCUGGUCUACGAGCAGAUUCCCGCCACCCUCAUCACCGACAGCAUGGCAGCAGCCACCAUGGCUCACCGGGACGUGUCAGCUGUUGUUGUGGGAGCUGACCGUGUGGUUGCCAAUGGUGACACAGCCAACAAGGUGGGCACCUACCAGCUGGCCAUCGCCGCCAAGUACCAUGGCAUCCCCUUCUACGUAGCUGCCCCCAGCUCCUCAUGUGACCUCCGUCUGGAGAUGGGCCAGCAGAUCGUCAUUGAGGAGCGGCCCGGCCAGGAGCUGACUGAUGUCAACGGGGUCAGGAUUGCAGCACCCGGAAUUGGGGUUUGGAAUCCUGCCUUCGAUGUCACCCCCCAUGACCUCAUCACUGGUGGCAUCAUCACAGAGCUGGGUGUCUUUACUCCCAAAGAACUCCAGGCAGCCCUAAGCACCACCAUCUUGAGGGUGGGGACAUUAGAUGGACCCCAGAAGUAACCAACCCGGCUCUCCAUACCCUUCUCCAUCCCCCUAGGUUUUAUAAUAAAAUGUAUUGAAUAGUCUGCCCCAAAGCUGACCUUCCCCCAAUUACACUUCUUCCUAGAGCAGGGAUAGCAGACAGAGUCGUUGCAUGGCUCUUAAAAGUGCAGCAGCUGGAGACAGGCUACCCAAGUUCCCAUCCCAGUUCUGCCACUCUCUGCUGUGUGAUCUUGGCCAAGUCACCUCACCUUUCCAUGCUGUGGUUUCCUCAUUUAUAACGGGGACAAUACCUAUGGCCUUCUUAGGUUGCUCUCAGGACCGGAACUAGGGUAACACCUUAGGCACAAAAUUUUAAACGGGACACCAAAAAGCUUAGUAACCAAGAUAAUACUUUCAUGCAGUAUUUUUAAAAAUCAAAAUGAAUGCAAGAAAAAUACAUGAGCCCUAACCGGUUUGGCUC